GAGCGCCCCUGUUCCGAAGUCAUGAAGUCGUUCGGUUAAUGGCGGAGUACUUAAAGUACUUGGGUGAAAAAUGAUCCCUAGCAUCCAUUUCACCCGCCGAGGAGCGUUAGUGGCAGGCAUCGCACAGUCGUGAUGUGGGGGAAAGCUCUGAAGCAUACCUCCUUCCUUGCCCUGGCAACUCUCGCCUCGGCGGCCACCAAGGAUACAGAGUUCGUGAUUAGUAAUGCCGUGGUUGCCCCCGACGGCUUCAGCAGAAGUGCCAUUGUCAUCAAUGGUUCUCCGGCCGUUGGACCUCUCGUCGCAGCAAAUAAGGGCGAUAACCUGAGAAUCAAAGUUACCAACGAUCUCACUGAUGAGUCCAUGAAUAAGAGUACAACUGUGCAUUGGCAUGGAAUAUUUCAACAUCAUAGCAACGCUAUGGACGGAACGGCUUUUGUGACGCAGUGUCCAAUCGCCCCCGAAAAAUCUUUCCUUUAUAACUUCACCGUGGACAGUCAAGCAGGGACGUUUUGGUACCAUUCCCAUUUUAAUCUUCAAUACUGCGAAGGUUUGCGCGGCCCACUGGUUCUCUAUGAUCCCAACGACCCCUACAGUCACCUGUAUGACGUUGACGAUGCUUCAACCAUCCUCACCUUGAUGGACUGGUAUCACGUCAACGCCUAUGAUGUAGCAGCCGCCGAUAACCCCGCUGGCAUCCUCAUCAACGGGCUCGGACGUUACCCCGGAGGUCCAAAUGUGGAUCUAUCAGUCACGACCGUGCAACAAGGGAAACGGUACCGUAUGCGGGUAGUCAACAUGGCCUGUAAACCACACAUUCUUCUCUCGAUCGACAUGCACAACAUGACUGUCAUUGAAGCUGACGGGCAGGAAACGCUUCCGCUCGUCGUUAAUCAAAUACCUGUUUAUGUCGGGCAACGAUACUCAUUCAUUCUGGAGGCCAACCAGCCGGUCGACAACUACUGGAUACGUGCUUUGCCGGGAAGUUACCCCUCGAAUUUUUCGGAUGGACUGAACUCUGGAAUUCUGCGAUACGAGGGCGCUCCGGCCACAGAUCCCGCAAACAGGACUUGGGUUCUCAAUAAUGUUCUCGACGAGACAAACCUCCAUCCGUUAAAUACGACGCUCGCCGUACCUGGUCUGCCGUACCCUGGCGGUGCUGACGUUUCCAUCAAUAUCGUUUCCAUUAUGGACAACACCACUCUCCUUUUCUAUAUGAAUGGUGUCAUUUAUGAAUCACCAUCAACUCCGGUUUUGUUGCAGAUUCUUAGUGGUGCGGUUACUGCCUCGCAGCUGGCUCCUCAUGGUUUGGUAUACACGCUGCCGCACAACAAGGUCAUCGAGCUAUCAUUCCCCACAGAAUUCCUGAACACACCGCAUCCGUUCCACUUGCAUGGCCAUGCCUUCUAUGUUGUGAGGAGUGCGAAUAGCACAGCCUAUAACUACGUCAACCCCGUCGUACGCGACACUGUCAAUAUUGGUGCCAACACGGACAAUGUGACUGUUCGCUUUGUCACGGACAAUUCUGGACCGUGGUUCUUGCAUUGCCAUAUUGACUGGCAUUUGUACCGGGGCAUGGCUGUCGUGUUUGCUGAGGAUCCAAACGGAACCACGAAAGCGGAUCCCGUAAACUCUGCUUGGCAGAAUCUCUGUCCUGUCUAUGAUUCCCUUGCACCUUCGGACCAGUAGAAAAUAGUGCUCUGCCUGCGGUGAAGAAAUAUUGAGAGCGAUGCACAGACUUCUUGCGGGCUUUUCGGAUUCUCUUAGCACAACAAGUUCCUAACCCACUCGUUUUUGUCGUUCGCUUUUUUAAGGAUUCGCUCAAUCUAUGUAGUGUCGGACUAUUAGUACCCGUAGGAAGUGCUACUGUCGUCGAGUACAUAGGUUAAGUAAGUAAUUGAUUGCUUUGACUUAUCAAGGAGAAUAUGG